UCCGCCCCGAUCUACGACAAACUGCCUUCACAAAAUCCGAGUGGAUUCAAAACAAGUAUUUUCGCAUUGAACGCGUUCAUUUUGAUUUUCGAAAUCAGCUGUUUUAUGUCAAAAUGAAAUGAAACAAAUAACAAAUUGAAUUCAAUUCUAAUUACAAAACCGUCGGUAUUUGGAUUUUCAAUAAAGAUAACAAAUAUAUGGUGCUAAAACUCAAAAUAAACUUCUUUAGUAUAUAAAUUAACAUAUACUUAAUCAUAUUUCUAACAAAAUGGAUUCAUUGGCCUUUGCAAUUAUUGCCAUCACUGAAGAAGCUACAUUAAAAAAGAAAAAACUAAAAGUUCAAAGAAAAAUUCUCAGAGAUGCUUGUAAUCCAUUUGAGUUAAACGACCAAAUAUUUCAAAGAAAUUUUCGUCUAAAUAAAGCAGCAUUCAAGUAUGUUUUGGAUCUGUUGAAACAGGAGUAUGACCCUGGGGUUUUCUCUUCUUCAAUAUCCCUGAUUUGUCGACUCGCAGCUGUCCUAAGAUUCUUGGGAGAAGGUGGAUAUCAACUUGGUGUUGGAAAUGAUUACGAAGUUGGUAUGGCACAGUCCACUUUUUCCUCAAAUUUGACAAACGUUUUGAAGGCUCUCGAAAGACGUCUAUGUCAUUUGUGGAUUCAGCUUGAGAUGACCGAGACAGAAAAGCGACAAGCAAAAAGGGAAUUCUAUUCUAGGGCAAGUUUUCCGGGUGUGAUUAUGUGUGUUGAUGGGACCCACAUUAAUAUUGUUGCUCCAUCAGAAGAAAAGGGAUUAUACUAUAACCGUAAAGGUCAAUUUAGUAUUAAUGCUAUGUUGAUUUGUGACAACAAUUUGAAAAUAAGGUGCGUUGACGCUCGAUAUCCAGGAUCAAACCACGAUUCCCACAUAUGGAAUUUGAGCAGCGCAAAAACAUAUUUCCAAAGAAAAUAUCAGGAAGGCGAUAGGAAUUCUUGGCUUCUAGGUGAUGCUGGCUACCCGCUGGAACCUUGGCUUAUGACGCCAUAUCGGUCUGCCGAAGCCGAAAGUGCAAAAGCAAUUACAACACAAGACACAGCAAAACUCGCAACGCUGUAG